GGAGAGGAGCUAAUGGUGGGUAAGGGCUCUGGUGGGUUUAGGAGUCAGGCGCUGUUUUCAAUGUAGCUGCUUGUGUGAGUGCUGUGCAGUUGUCUGGGUUUAUGGAUUCGCUGACUGUGGAAAAUGUACUUCUCUAUAGUGGUCCUUGUCCUGACUAAAGCUCUGGUCACAGAGGUAUGUCACGCCCUGAAUGUGACCGUGACCCCUGGGCCUGUUAUCAUGGCCCCAGAGAAAGACAACAUGACCCUCUCCUGCCUGGUGUCUCAGAGAAAGAGGAGCACCAGUGUCCUCAUCCUCCGCUGGUUCUUCUCUCCUCUUGCUGCUCCCACACUUUCACCUCCCCCUCCUUCCCCCUCUCUGUCCCCCUCUCCUUCACCUGAGCCAUCUCAGACUCUCAUCGUGAAGUUGGGUAUAAAGAAAGUGAAGAUGUAUGGGAACUACACCCGCCGUUUCCCCCAACCAAAGUUUCGUCUGUAUGAGGAAGUGGAGGGAGAGGUGUACCGGCUCAGGAUCCUGAAUCUCACUGGGCAGGACCAGGGUUUCUACAUGUGUAGAGUUCAGGAGAUUCACAAACACAGGAACACGUGGCGAGCAUCGUCCAAUGGUACCAGCACCACUCAACUGACAGUGCACUUAACUCAUGAGGGUGAAACCAGUGAAGGACUCUGGCGUUUAUUUGCAGACGUGUAUUUGUGUGCUGUCCUGAUCUGCUCGCUGGGCCUUCUCUCCAUCUUCCUGUUCACUAUGGUUCUCACAUGCCAGUAUUUUUACAGACGACACAGGCUCAAAGCAAGUUAUCUUCUGGUCAAGUGCCCAGAAAGCAGCUCAGGGGAGACUGUGACCAGCUUCAGCAGCUCCUCUAGUUCCUCUCCAAAACCUCCAAGGAGAGAACCAAGACAGAAGUUUGACAGAAGAGUAGCAGUAACACCUCCCAAACUACCCGAGGAGCCACCACCACACAUACACGCUAAAGUGCCUGUUCCUGCAAAGAGACCUCAGAAGCCCAGAAGGUUAAAGAAGAGUUCAGCCACUCCUCGCAUAGCACAGGAUGAUAGUCUGACAUAUGCAGAACUGGAGCUGGUCAGAGCAAAGCCACAGCCCCCAGCCCCCUCCAGUCCUGACCCCGAACCCUCCAGCCCAGACACGGUGUACGCUCAGAUCCUCUUCCAGGAGAGACAGCUGUAAACACAGCAGCUCUGGACACAUCGAUGUCAGGGUUCCUCCAAGUAAAGACAUAGAUUCAUCUCUCCAAAGCAAACUGGGUGGCAUCCAGAGGAAUAUAUUUAUGAACUAUCAGUAUGGCAUUUAGCAUAUUUGUUUUUUGGCUGUAACUAUAAUACAACUGUUGGGUAAUGAGGGUUUUGUGUUUUCUCGGCGUGGUUCCACUCCAGCACAGCAGCUUUUGGGUCUUAUAAUUCUGUUGUUUUGUUUGUUGGCAUUGCUGGCCUGUGAGCCAGAUGUUUAUAAGAAUGUUCUUAAUGUUAACUAUUCAGUAUAAACUCAGGAGACUGUGUGGAAACAAACGCUGGUCCAGGCCCUCUUACUGCAGUGUCAUAAGGCACUGACACGUUUCAAUUGCAUUUAUAUUUACACGACUAAUAAAACAAACGUAUAAACAUA